UCAUCUUUAUAUAGUGAAGAAUGCCUUGCAAACAGGCAUAAUCUGGGCCUGUAAGUUUUUCUUGUACAGUCUAGCGAAGAGAUGGGUCAGGUAGAGAAAACUAGAGGAGCUGAUAACAUGGAUGAUAUCUUUAACAAUGUUGAUGACCUGCUGAACAUUAGCGAUGAGGAACUUGGAGGACCCAUUGAAGGAAAUCAUUUAGGCGACAUGUCUAUUCCUUUAGAGGUGGGUUCUCUUUUCUCUGUAGACAGUUUCUAUGACCUUUAUUGGAUGAAAAACUUCAUUGAAGGAGAUCCAAAAGAGAAAAGUUCAGCUGAUUUGCAACAUAAAAAGGAUGAAGAACAAGGUCCAGAAAAUACUUCUGAAAAUGCCAUCAGUUCUGAUGAGUCAGAUAACAGGUCCUGCACUGGGAAAAACCCUAUUCUUUGUUCAGGAAUGACAAUACCAGGAAAGCCAAGAAGCAAAAGAUCAAAAACUACAGUUUCUAAUUGGGCUUCUAAACCCAUUAGUAGUAAUGGAAGUGAGUCUUGCUUGUCUGAUAAUGCUGCAGCUUGGAGCCAAUCAGAUUACUUGGCUUCUGAGCAAGUAGAAUGCCAGUCCACACUGAAAUUCAGUGCACAAAAAAAAGGAAAGAAAAAGGAGGUAAAUGAGGCCAGAAUAUGCUUACAUUGUGGUGUGAAUAAAACUCCACAGUGGAGAUGUGGGCCACUGGGUCCUAAAACACUGUGCAAUGCCUGUGGUGUGAGAUAUAAGUCAGGUGGACUUUUACCAGAAUACAGGCCUGCUGCAAGCCCUACUUUUUCUCCUGAUAAACACUCGAAUUCCAGCAAGGUGGUGUUGGAAAUGAGGCGUAGAAAAAAUAUGAAGGGAGAGUAAAUAUAAUUUGUAAGGGAAUAAGUGAUAAAUAGUUUUACUUUUACUGUCUAAAAUUUUGGGCUGUCAAGAAAAAACUUUUCUAAUUUUGGAAAUCUUUUUGAUCUGUCUGCUAAAAUUUGUAGGGGAAGAAGUUAAUGGGAAGGGAAUCAAUUUUAUGGAGGAGGAAGGUUUAAUGGGCUACAUGUAUGGGAAAAAGUGAUAAAUAGUUGUAUUUUUACUGUCUAAAAUUUUGGGUUGUGAAGAAAAACUUUUUCUG